AUGAGUGCUCUGCAGGCAGAGCCGCUCUGGCAAGAAUCCUUCCCGGACAAGACCCGGCCCGAGCUCUAUACCAGCAACGACCUUGACGAGGACGGGUUCAAACCGCUCGCUGACCCACAAGAAUUUCUUGCCAAUCUCUCAACUCUUACCCAACUGCAGCUGUACACGCUCAGCUCCAACAAUGUUCUUGCCUUGAGAUCCGCUCAGGAGGAAUACUCAGAGCUGAGCCGAGAAAUUGCCGCCAUCAAAGGUCGCGACUCUACCACCAAAAAUCCCCAGGCUCUGCAGGAUCCUGAGGUUUUCGAGGAGCGCAAAGAAGCGACUUUGUACAACUACAAGUACGAAACCGCCAAGCCAGCUCGAAUCUCCAACCUGAUUCCCUUUGGCCGUACUGCUGACGACCUGUCGGAGCAAGAGAAGCGCGAUGUCCGUCUCUUUCCCGAGCCAUUUUCGCAAGGUGGUUUUGUCCCUACUGAUCGCCAGUUCAAGGGCAUGAGCAAUCGUGCAAAGAAUCUCAAGAACAUCGACGGCUGGGAGCCCAUCGAGAGGGAUGGCAAAUUCUACAUUCCAGUCCAGCAACAGCACCACGACGAAUAUACCGCUGCGUAUACCCGCCGUGCCCUUGACGAGAACGGUGAAGUCAUUCGGCCAGUCUCUCCCGACAGCGAGGAAUCACAAGCUCAACUCACCCCUGGCAAACCAGAUCUGGUCAAUAAGCGACUUACUCGUACACGUUUCGGCGGCAGGAAACACCCUCCGACGCGCGAUGCGUCUGAAACACCGUCUGUAUCCUCUACUCCUAGCAGAAAACGCGCCGCCACUCCCGUCAUCACUGAGCCACGAGAAGGCACCCCCAAACGUCAAAAGGUCACCUCGAUCGCCAACAUCACCAACGGCCCUCUUCCAGUGCAACAGCCACCGCAACAGCAUGUUCAAGCCAACGUCAAACCAAAGCACCCUAAUCAAUACACCAAGGCGCGUGAGCGCGAGCUCGCCGCCCAACAAGCCGCGCGUGCUGCCGCCGGCGGUGCUGUGGCGCCCUUGCCUACCAUGCCAGACUUUGCCUCCAUGACGGUGGACGAGAAGUUGAACCGUAAAUGGACCGACGACGAGCUGCGCGCCAGUAUCAACGCUGACCACACCUGGCUCAACCCGGACCCGACCAAGGCGGCCGAGUGGCGUGACAAGAUUCUGCAGGGCGUCAACCCCGUGCGCAGCUGGAGCAUGGUCAAGAAGUGGAGCCAGUGGAAGGGCGAGGGCAAGGACAAGAGACCCCGCAAGAAGGUGCUUGGUGGCGUCAAUGGCGUUGCCGGUGGCGGUGGUGCAGCCGAGAGUGCCAGUGCCAGCGCCAGUGGAAGAGCUACGCCGGCCGAAGGAGUGUUUAGUGCAGAUGCCGGGCCAGGGCCAGGGCCAGGUUUCGAAAAGAGCAGUGUCGCGACUCCCCAAAAGGGGACGCCGCCGAGAGGCACACCCACCCCCAUGUUGGACGAGAUUGUGCUGGGUGGGCCUGUUGGUGGCGAAGCAAGGAGCAGGAGAAGCAGUGGCGAUGACAGAUGGGCCGGCACCAAUGGCAGCUUCACCGGUGAGAGCAGGAGUCGUUCCGGCACCCCUGGCACGAGACCUACGCCGACGAGGAGGUCGGCCAGGAACCGAUAA